AUGGCAUCGGCAGACGCAUCGGUAGCCACGACAGCAGAGGAGGAUCAUGUUGAGAGUUUGGGCGAAGUCAAGGUUGAAACAUCCUUGAGCAGUAGCGACAAAAUCGAAACAUCGUCAGACCGUGGCAACGCACCAGCAGCCUCUUCCUCUGCUUCAAAAGACGACGAUGGAAAAGAGGAAGUCCCCGCCAAGGUUGAUGGUACCAGCAGUUCCAGCCAACUGGCUGAAGAGGAAGGAGAUCAGCAAGAAAAUAUCUCCUCGAACCCUCAGGAGAAGGAAAGCGUUUUGCAGCAGUUGGAGAAUCUUGAUGCUUUGGCCUCGGUUGUGCCAUCACAAUCUGAAGACAGUGUGGCAUCACUGAGACUUCACGACGAAGCCGAACCAAAGAAGGAACGAGAGAUAGAGCAGAAUGAGCCGGAAUGUGAAGAAAAAUCUGAAAAGGAACAGCCUCAGGACACGGAGCCUUUGGAAGUGCCCAAGAGUCAAUCCACUCCGUCACAGCAGCAAGCCCAACCCGCACAGCCUCAAACCAAUCAAUCAAAGCGAGAUGAAACUGUGAAUCAGCCUCAACAAUUCACACCCCCAAGAUCCCAAGUGCCGCUCUCUUCUUCUUCGGCUACCACCGAAAUUGUAAAAUCCAUGUUUGGACCAUCCGUGGGGCUCUGCUGGGGAGAUUUUUCUUGCCAACACAAUCAUGUGCGAGGAAGACUCUACGCCUCCAGCGAAGCAGUCCUGUUUUACAGCAAUAUUUUCGGUUUUGAAAAGAAGAUUGCUCUCCGAUAUGAUGAUGUUCAGCAAAUGCAGCUGUAUCGGGCUACAAGCAUUCAAGUUUCUGUACUAGACAAACCAUCUCACGGUGAAGACGAUGUCACUCACUACGUCUUCAAGGGUUUUUCAGAUCGUGCCCAAACACUUCAGAUACUUAUUGAUUUGUGGCAACAAAGUCAGGGAGCUGAGAAUAUUGAAGCUCCAGAGGAAGCAGAAGAGGAAAUCAAAUUGGCGUCGUCCUCGCGAGAAGAGCUACCACCUCAACAAUCAUCAAUCCAAGCCCCUGGAACUUCCACGACGCAUUCCAUGUCACCGGGAGCUCCAGACGAGGAGCGUGCCGCAAUAACUGCUACUGCUACUACUACUACACGGCAGCCAAGCAACGUACCUCUCCCACAAUCAAUAUUGAGACCAUCAAAGCUGUCAACUCCUCCGUCAAAAUCACAAUCUCCAGCAAGAAUGGACACAGCACAAACACCUCAACGAUUGUUUCCGGAUCUUGCAUCAUCAGCGGCACGUCGUGGACGAUCCAAAUCACUUCCUCCACUUCAUCGACGCAAGAGUUUCAAGAGAAGUCAAUCACCAGGAACAGAAGCUAGUGGGGGCUCUGGUACCGGUACAGAUGCCAAGGACAACACUAGUCCAAGUACGGACUCAUUUGAUUGGGAUAAGAGCCCCAGUGAAGGCGAUCUGGCAGCCUGGAACAAUGCCAAGAAGAACGCCGACGCUUGUAUUAAGGAUAUUGGCAUAAAGCCCAUGUCACUUGCAUGUUCCUUGGCUACUUUCUUCAAACUGUUUCUGACUGAUGAUGCGCCCAAUUCCGUUGACAAGUACCAACGAGGUGAUGCUGUCAAAGAUGUAGAUGUUGUUAUUACACCUUGGAAAGAAGAAGAUUCGUCUUCAGAUCCAGGAAUCACCCUGGUUCGAACAAUCAACUUUCGGCAUCCAGUGAGCAGCUCCUUUGGAGUUGGACCUUCUCAUGCACCUACAAAGAAGCGUCAACGAAUGUUUAGAUAUCCGGGCUGUGGCAUUUGCAUAUCAAGCAGCACAAAUGUGGAAGGAUUACCAGGUGCAGAUUGUUUUGUUGUGGAAGACUGGUGGAUCAUUGAGGUAUCCAAACCCGGUAAUGACCGGUCUGGUGUGACAUUUUCCGCAAAGUUUGGCUCCAAGUUUACCAAAUACACAUUUCUGAAAGGUGUCAUUCAGAAGAAUAUCAAAUCAGGCAACAUUGAUUGGUUUAGAGGGUAUGAAAAAAUGGUGCACGCAGCAGUCAAGGAGCAUUCUUCCAGCGGAGAUGAUUCAGCAUCAGUUCCUGACAAGGAUGCUGCAGUUGCUUCUAUAAAUUUGUCUCCCACCAGCGAAGAAGAUGGCACGACCUUUGGUGAUACAUUCCAAAACUUGAUUGGCAACAAGGGAGGUGUGGUGCUUCUGGUGGUUGUGGUGGUGGCCUCCCAGCUGUUGGUUUCUGUGGUUUUCUUCCUGUUGGUGAUGGACAUGAGGCGAUCCCAAAAAACCUCUGAAACCUUGCUGGAAGAAAUGAAGCUGCUUCGAUUGGAGCACGGCCAGAUGUUGGAGGUGCUUGUGAAGCAAGGCAGGGAGUUUGGAGAGUAG